GCUUCCUGGCAGUCCCCGCGUCACGUGGGGCCCUACCUAGUCAGCCUCCUAACGCCCCUCCUUACGCAUGCGCCCAUUCACUGCUGGUCCCCAACAAUGCCUAAAUCCCGCCCUGCCCUUCUCGUUCCGCCCCUGCCCGGGAGCCCCGCGUCCUCAUUGGCGAGCUCCAGGGUGGCCCGGCCCGGACACCCCAGUGAUAAAAUAGAUCAUCUACACGGAAACUAGCGCGCUCCAGGGGUGGGGCCCAAACGCAGUUCCACCCUCUGGCUCCCAGCCGAACACCGAACCGGGACCGAUCCGGCCCCGGCUUGAACUAGCUCAGCUCCGAGCUCGCGGAACCACGCCCCCGGGAGACUCUGGCCCGGCCAGCGCGGGCCAGGUCUUCAGUCCUACAUCGCCCCGCCUUGGGAAAAGGUGCAGGGGCCUCUCGCCGCCUCGUCGGGACCUUCCUCUCUACCUGCCUCUCCAACCCCUCUCGGCCCCGAGCCACCCGGCAGCGGGGGUGGGUGUGCAGAGGUGCGGCGUCCAGAACCCGGUUCCUGCAGAGGCUCUGGGUGGCAGCAGCCCUGUUACGGCUUAGAUGGCGCGCAGGACAGAGCCCCCCGACGGGGGCUGGGGAUGGGUGGUGGUGCUCUCAGCGUUCUUCCAGUCGGCGCUUGUGUUUGGGGUGCUCCGCUCCUUUGGGGUCUUCUUCGUGGAGUUUGUGGCGGCGUUUGAGGAGCAGGCAGCGCGCGUCUCCUGGAUCGCCUCCAUAGGAAUCGCGGUGCAGCAGUUUGGGAGCCCGGUAGGCAGUGCCCUGAGCACGAAGUUCGGGCCCAGGCCCGUGGUGAUGACUGGAGGCAUCUUGGCUGCGCUGGGGAUGCUGCUCGCCUCUUUUGCUACUUCCUUGACCCACCUAUACCUGAGUAUUGGGUUGCUGUCAGUUGAGAAGGUUGAGGCUGGGAGUGUUAAGUAAAACACACAAGGUUACACAGCUAUGAAGUAUCCAAGCCAAGAUUGUAUCCCAGGUCUGUGGGACUCCAAAGCAAGUGCUACAUUCUGCUGCUGGGCAAUGCGGGGAUUACUGUGUGCCUUGAGCUCCCUAAGAGUUCUCAACACCACUUCUUCCUUUUUGACAGGCUCUGGCUGGGCUUUGACCUUCGCUCCGACCCUGGCCUGCCUGUCCUGUUAUUUCUCUCGCCGACGAUCCCUGGCCACCGGGCUGGCACUGACAGGCGUGGGCCUCUCCUCCUUCACAUUUGCCCCCUUUUUCCAGUGGCUGCUCAGCCACUACGCCUGGAGGGGGUCCCUGCUGCUGGUGUCUGCCCUCUCCCUCCACCUGGUGGCCUGUGGUGCUCUCCUCCGCCCACCCUCCCUGGCUGAGGACCCUGCUGUGGGUGGUCCCAGGGCCCAACUCACCUCUCUCCUCCAUCAUGGCCCCUUCCUCCGUUACACUGUUGCCCUCACCCUGAUCAACACUGGCUACUUCAUUCCCUACCUCCACCUGGUGUCCCAUCUCCAGGACCUGGAUUGGGACCCACUACCUGCUGCCUUCCUACUCUCAGUUGCUGCUAUUUCUGACCUCGUGGGGCGUGUGGUCUCCGGAUGGCUGGGAGAUGCAGUCCCAGGGCCUGUGACACGACUCCUGAUGCUCUGGACCACCUUGACCGGGGUGUCACUAGCCCUGUUCCCUGUAGCUCAGGCUCCCACAGCCCUGGUGGCUCUGGCUGUGGCCUACGGCUUCACAUCAGGGGCUCUGGCCCCACUGGCCUUCUCCGUGCUGCCUGAACUAAUAGGGACUAGAAGGAUCUACUGUGGCCUGGGACUGUUGCAGAUGAUAGAGAGCAUCGGGGGGCUGCUGGGGCCUCCUCUCUCAGGCUACCUCCGGGAUGUGACAGGCAACUACACGGCUUCUUUUGUGGUGGCUGGGGCCUUCCUUCUUUCAGGGAGUGGAAUUCUCCUCACCCUGCCCCACUUCUUCUGCUUCUCAACUACUACCUCCAGGCCCCAGGACCUUGUAACAGAAGCACUAGAUACUAAAGUUCCCCUACCCAAGGAGGGGCUGGAAGAGGACUGAACUCCACAGCGUCAGGCCCAGAAAGCCAAAGCUUGACAGCUCCGGGUCUUCUCUUGCCACAUCUUGGUCUCCACAGAACCACAGUGCCUUAAGAUUCUUGAUCUGCCUCCCCCUAGAGCAGGCCUGGGGCUCCUGCAAUGUGUGUGCCAACCCUUUGUAUUUUGUUGAGGACUCUUAUUUCUCCGUUACUCUCCUAACCUUUUCUUCUUUUUUCUUUUUCCCGAGACGGAGUCUUGCUCUGUUGCCCAGGCUGGAGUACAGUGAUGUGAUCUCGGCUCACUGCAACCUCCGCUUCCCGGGUUCAAGCGAUUCUCCUGCCUCAGCCUCCCAAGUAGCUGGGAUUACAGGCGGGAGCCACCACGCCCGGCUUUUUUUUUUUUUUUUUUUUUGUAUUUUUGGUAGAGACAGGGUUUCACCAUGUUGGCCAGGAUGGUCUCGAACUCCUGACCUUGUGAUCCACCCCCCCCCCGCCCCUCGGCCUUCCAAAGUGCUGGGAUUACAGGCGUGAGCCACCACACCCAGCCUCCCCUAACCUUUUCUAAAGGACCCAGGAGUUUUGAAGGAUCCGGGAGUUCCUGCUUUACUGAGCUGUGAAUCAACUGUGAAAAUCAAAGGCCAAGAGACUUAUCAUGCUUUAUAUAACAUCUCUAGUGUUGCCUCCUGAGUUUCUUCUCUGAAGACACAUGUUUGGGAAACGAAACUGUCCCUUUGAGAUAAAAUCAAAUAAGAAAAUUGGAUAAUAAUCACAACCUCAAAAUGA